UAAAGCAGGACUAUAAAGACCAUGUCGGCAAUGAAGGGGACAGAAUAGAGACACUGCAAGAAGAAAGAAGACACAGUCUUUGUCUUGCAGCUGCUUUUUCACCGCUUCUCUGCAAAGAGAACUUUUUUUGGAAUCCAGCAAACGCAUCCAAAGCUUGAGACAUGAACGUGGCAGCGGCACAAGGAGGAAACAAGGCGGCUCCUCCAAAGUUCAAACAGAAGGAAACCAGGCAGUUCAAGAGCAAAGCCCCCAAAGCAGGACAGAAGGGAUUUGGCAAUGAUGUUCCAGGGAUGGAGGGUCUUGGAGACUCUGCAGUGGUGUGUCCCUGGGAGGCGUUUGGUGACAUGGAGCUCAGCGACCUGGCUCAGUUCGGCAUCAUCUAAGCUCCCAGCGUGGUUUUUAUUUAUUUGAUUUUUAUGUGUGUGUAUUUUUAGUAGAGUGGAUCAGGUUGACGUGGAAAUUUUGUAACCACCCACCAAUUUAUAUUAGCUUCUCUGUCUCUGUGCUAUAAAUCUACCUCUUCAUUCAUACUUGUACUUCAUCUACAUUUACUUAUUCUGCCUUUCUACAUGUUUUUUUAAUGACUACACCAUCCCUUUAAACAGUAAUACACAUAUUUGCAUGUCCAAAGUGCAUUUUCUAUGAAUGUAAAUGACGGAAAGGAAAUGACGAGGAACAUGAUAACGGUGCAUACAAAUAUUGCAUACAUUGAAAUAAAAUGUCAAAAUUGCAGUAAAUCAAAACAUAAAAGCAGAUGUUUCGCUUCUAACUGUGCAUUGAUUGUAUAGCGAGGAGGAAGAUGACUAAAAUUUUGCUCAAUUUGACUUGAAAAAAACAAAAACAAUGUCAGACAUUGGUUGUAUGUUGUAUUUUAAUCAUUUUUGAUGACGAGCUGUCUGUGGCGGCCCACUUUUGUGUCUGACCCACCAGUUGACAUUUCCCUGUCCAAAAGAACUGCUGCACUGGCGUCAAAGAGUAAACAUGAAACACUGAACCAGUUUCUCUUUUCAAAUGUUUUUGUUGUAGCUUAAAUAUCGUAUCAGUGAUAAAUAAAGGCUUGUCGAUGUGC